CAACUCCCCUGACAUCAGCACCAAGCGGCAAGCAUUAACCACCUUUAAGGCAAGGUGCUACCGCAGGUAUCUUCCAUCACUUUCUGCAUUGCGACCGCCUUUGUCACGACGGUUUCGUUGGUUCCCUGUCUCCCAUAACAUCGCUUGCCCUCUUCGUUCUCGUCUGACACAUUUCGUGAACGUCCACCGUCAUCAAACCACUUACUUGCUCUGUUGUGUAAGAGAGCCCCCGCUGUCGGGCCUAUCUCCUUGCGACUGCGCUCAGCCAUCUUCAACUCGGCCCAGCAUGGCUCCUCCGGUCCAGUCGGCCGUCAUGCCCGUGAUUCCUCUUACUAAGGGUAGUGUGCUGUUCCCCGGCUCGGUCCUCCGUAUACCCGUUCCCUCGAGUCGAGACGACAUACCGGCUCUGUUGGCCAGCGUCUAUGCCCGAGCCUCCAAGGGCUCCAGGCGCGUUGAUCAGAUUCCCGUCGUCGUUGUGCCUCUGAGCUCGCCGCUACUCAGCCGCCGCGGACAGCUCCUCAUCGCCAACGACCCCGACAAGUAUCAAGACCUGCUCGAAGCCGACUCAGCCAACAUAAAGAAAGACAAGCUCUUUGGUCAUGGAGUUACCGCCAAGAUCACCGGUAUCCAGGGCCAGAACGGUGGCGAGUUUAACCUGCUGGUCCAAGGCAUCGGUCGCGUCUCCCUCGACAAGAUCACCCAAGAGCAUCCCUUCUUCGAGAGCAAGGUUACGCCGCACACCGACGCUGUACCUGUUCACAUCAUCCAGGCCCCACAGUAUCAAGAACUCUUCUCAAGGCUCAUGCAAUUGUCCCAGGAGCUGAUAUCGUGCUUGAGAAUGUCAGCUAUUCUGCUGUCCUCGAGGUCCUCGGGACUCAACCCUCUGCUCUCACGGCGACUAGAACAAUUCAUCUCAAAGAAAGGCCCACAGGAGGGGGGCUCCUUGGCUGAUUUUAUGAUGAACGUCGUCGACGCCAACUACGAGGAGAAACUCCAGGUUCUUGGCGCUGUCGACGUCCAAGUUCGCAUGCAAAAGGUCAUCGACCUGCUCGAGCGUCAAGUGGAGGACAUUAAGGGCAACAUCAAGAUCACCACAGUCACAAGCACCACUGUGCCGAUCCGCAUUGGCGAGGAAGACGACGACAGAAACCCAGAUAAGCGAUCUGGCAAAAAGCCGUCGUUGCCCAUGAUAAAACUACCGCAAGGCGCUGCAUUUGAUCUGGGCAGUCUCUUCGGUGGAGGAGGUAAAGGUGGAUCACAGGCCGACUCCGAUGAGAUGCAAGAACUGGCCAAGAAGAUCGAGGCUGCAAAGAUGCCCCCAGAUGCUGCCAAGGUUGCUGAGAGAGAGAUCGGCCGCUUGAAACAAAUGAACCCUGCUCAAGCCGAGUAUCAAGUCAUUCGCACCUAUUUGGAAACACUAGUAGAGAUACCAUGGUCCGUAUACACGGACGAUCCCAUCGGCGUGGGAACAUUGGAGAAGGCGAGGCAACAGCUUGACAAUGACCAUUAUGGCAUUGAGAAGGUCAAAAAACGUUUACUGUCAUACUUGACCAUUGUCAGAUUGAUGCAAUCGGCAAACGAAAAGGUCGGUGCGCAGAUAAAGCAAGCUGAGCAAGAAGCCGUUGACCUGGAAUCGAGUAAAGGCGAAGCCAAGGAUGGCGUGGAAAUCGGCCCGGAGCUUGAGGAAAAGAUCAAGGCAAGCGGAAUGAGGGUACAGAUGCUCCAAGGCAAGCUGAGGACUGAAAAGGCCCCCAUCCUGCUUCUCGUCGGCCCCCCGGGUACGGGCAAAACAAGCAUAGCCCGGUCUAUCGCCACAGCCUUGGGCCGAAAGUUCCAUCGGAUAUCGCUUGGAGGCGUUCGGGAUGAAGCUGAGAUUCGCGGUCAUCGUAGGACCUAUGUGGCAGCAAUGCCUGGUCUCAUCGUGCAGGGUUUGCGCAAGGUCGGCGUUGCGAACCCUGUCUUCCUCCUGGACGAGAUUGACAAGCUUGGCAUGGCGAAUCACAACGGCGAUCCUUCGGCUGCUAUGCUUGAAGUUUUGGAUCCAGAGCAGAACCACGCCUUUAGUGACCAUUACAUCAAUGUUCCGAUUGAUCUGAGCAAAGUCCUCUUUAUCGCCACUGCUAACUCAUUGGACACAAUCCCUGGCCCCCUGUUGGAUCGCAUGGAAACCCUUGAGUUCUCCGGAUACACAACACUGGAAAAGAGACACAUCGCCCUGCAACAUUUGGUGCCAAAGCAGAUUCGUGUUAAUGGUCUCGGCGAAGAUCAGGUCAUCUUCAGCGAAGAAGUUGUUUCCAAGAUUAUCGAGUCCUACACUCGCGAAGCAGGGGUGCGCAACCUUGAAAGGGAGAUUGGCUCAGUAUGUCGUGCCAAGGCUGUCGAGUUUGUCGAGUCAAACGACAAGAACCAGCCUGAGACAUACCAUGCAAAGCUGUCAGUUGAAGAUCUUGAAACAAUCUUGGGCAUAGAACGCUUCGAAGACGAGAUUGCAGAGAAGCAUACCCAGCCAGGUAUUGUCACCGGUCUUGUCGCAUAUAGCUCCGGUGGCAAUGGUGGUAUCUUGUUCAUCGAAGUCCUGGAUAUGCCAGGUGACGGCAGUGUGGAGCUGACUGGUAACCUAGGCGAGGUAUUGAAGGAAAGUGUCAAGGUAGCACGGAGCUGGGUCCGGAAUCAUGCAUACGAGCUUGGCCUCACCCAAGACCCGUCGGAGAACAUUAUGAAGAACCGAAGUCUUCAUGUGCAUUGCCCGUCUGGUGCUGUGCCCAAAGAUGGCCCUUCGAGUGGCAUGGCACAGGCCAUAGCCCUGAUUUCGUUGCUGUCAGGGAGAGCCGUGCCACCGACUAUGGCCAUGACUGGAGAGUUCCAACUUUCCGGGCAUGUCAAGCGCGUUGGAGGCAUCAAAGAGAAGGUAAUCGGAGCCUAUCGCGCAGGUGUCAAGACAGUUCUCCUGCCCGCACAAAACGAGAAAGACGCUAGAGAGGUGCCCCCAGAAGUUAGAGAGGGUCUGAAGAUCAUCUACGUGAGCCACAUCUGGGAAGCCAUACGUGAGAUCUGGCCCGAAGUGCAGUGGCCCCAGGAGACGGCAUUUGCUGGUAUCCAGCCACGCCUGUAA